AUGGCCAUUACUGAGGGUAGCAGAAGAGAUAAGGGUGUGAGGAUUGGAGGUGAAAAUGUUGGGAGAUAUGUUCGAUAUACCGAGAAACAGAUUGAGGCUCUUGACAGAGUUUAUGCAGAGUGCCCAAAUCCAAAUCGUUUUCAGCGGGCAGAGAUUAUUCGUGAAGAACCUGCUUUGAGGGGCCUAGAUAACAAACAGCUAAAAAUCUGGUUCCAGAACAGAAGAAGUCGUGAGAAGCAGAAGAAAGAAAGUGACGAUAUCAUGUUAGAAAACAGGCGGUUGACUGCGGCAAACAAUCUUUUAAGGCAAGAGAAUGAUGACUUGCAGCAACAGGUUACCCAACUGACAAAUGAGAAUGAGCAUUUGCGGAAUCAAAUACUUGACAUAUACUUAACAUCUCAUAUUACCACCUUUGAUUUGGACCAUCUGCUUGAAGAGCAUCACCCUGAAGUGGGCAGUACAGCGGCUGAUAAGAAUAACAGCCUUUUCUCACUGGCUGUGGAAAUCAGGAAAGAGUUUCUGUCCAAAGCUGUUGGAACUGCUAUUAAUUGGACCCUUGCUCCGGGGCUGAAGCUUGACAGUGUAGGUGUAUGUGGUACUUUAUACAUCCCUUCUACUUGUGAUGGAGUGGCAGCUAGGGCGUGUGCUUCUAUAACUUUUGACCCUUUUAAGACAUUUGAAAUGCUCAAGGACCGACCUUCCUGGUCACGAUUUUGUCGUGGUAUGGAUGUUGUUGCCGAGUAUCCUACAAAUGGGGGAGCUAUUGAAUUGAUAUACACAAAGUACUAUGCCCCAACUACCAUGGCUUUGGCUCGAGAUUUCUGGACAUUAAGAUACUCUUCUAUUUUAGAUGAUGGCAGCUUGGUGGUAUGUGAGAAGUCAAUUUCUGAUUCUGAUGCGGGUCCAAGUUCUCCCACUGCACUUGAAUUUGUGAGAGGGAGGAUGCUGGCUAGUGGUUAUAUGAUUUGCCCUGGCGAAGAGGGAUCAACCAUACAUAUUGUUGAGCACUAUGAUUUUGAGGCAUCAUCUAUUCCGGUGGUGGUGCGCCCGCUUUAUGAGUCAUCUGAACUUCUCGGGAAGAAGACAAUUGUUCCAGCACUUCUCUAUAUUGAGUAUAUGGCCAAUGAGACAAGUGGCAUCCCAAGACAUUCUUGCAAUGAGGAUCCUGCUCUUUUGAGAUGCUUCUGCCUAAGACUUUCGAGGAGCUUCAAUGAUGCUAUCAAUUGUUUCUCUGAAGAUGGAUGGACAUUGAUGAAUGCUAAUUCUAGUGAUGAUAUUAUUAUUUCCACCAAGCGAACCACUAAUUUUGGAGUCUAUGCAAAUUGUGAUAGUAUACUUUGUCUGAAGGCCUCUUUGCUGCUUCAAAAUGUUUUCCCUGCAAGCUUGGUGAAGCUUCUGGCGGGGUGUCGUGCGGCUUGGAUGGGCUUCAGUUUUAAUGAUCAUAUAGUAGCGUCAAGUCCUGCUGCCUUUGCAUUUCAAGGAAUUGAUAUUUCCCGUGUAUCUGAAUUUUCUGCACUGUUUGGCCAAACCAAUAACAAGGAUGAGGCAGUAGAAAUUAUUCGUUUGGACCGUGCUGAUCGCCAGCGUUAUUAUUAUUUGGGGGAUUUUGUUCAUUUGCAGAUGAUUAAUGGAAUGGGAGACAAUGGUUUUGGAGCUUGCUCAGAACUAAUCUUUGCACCAAUUGACGAAACUAGUCCCAAUGAUGCUCCUUACUUAUCUUGUGGAUUUCGAAUCUUCUUGUUGGGUUCAGAAUCUUCAGAUAUAGUUGAGUUCCUAAAAUGGCUUUGGUGUGCUGUCACUUCUUUUAGGAUCAGUGGCCUCCCACCCUCAAUGCUGGUUCUAGCCUUUCAGUUUCCUUAUGUAUCACAAAAUCUGGAUGAAAUCGAAGCUGUGGCUAAGCUAUAUGUGAAACAUGUAAUUUCCUGUGUGAAAAUGAUUUCUGAGGAAGUAGCAUACGUUGGAUUUGUGAACCCUGCAGAAGCAAGUAGUGCUAUUUUCUCUCGAGAAACAUUUUCUGAGAACCUAGCUAGCAUGAUACACCAAAGCUAUAGAUCGAGUUUAGGUGUGGAUAUGAUUGGCUUGAACCUUGAGACUCCUAAUUCAUUGUCCGAUCAGAUACAACGGCACCAUUAUGCUAUACUUUGUUUCUCGUCCAUGUCUGACACAGUAUGCGUGUAUGCAAAUCGAGCUGCUCUUAACAUGCUACAGACCACACCAGGAAAUCUCCAAAUGCUCACCGUGGAGAGGUUUUUUGUCGACCCUAAUAUUUCACUUGCUCCUGUGUUCCAGACUGUAAUGCUGCAGGGGUAUGCUUUUCUACCACCUGGACGCUUUGAGUCUGCAAUAAAUCGUACGGUUUUUUAUAAGCAAGCUUUGGUGUUGCAGUUGCAGCCACCAGAUGGUUCUUUUAAUGGCUUUGCAUUGGCCUUCAUAAACUUGUCCUUUCUCUAA